AUGGGGAUGUGGUGCCACAUGCCCCAAUACUGCCCCCGUGCUAGUGUCACACUGCCCAACUGCCCACCUGAACAGUGGGUGGCAUCACGGCACUCCUUUGGCAUGGUGUUUGCACACUCCACGCUGAAAGGAACACAGAAAAGUGCCACAGCGGUGCCAGGUGAUCUCAUCAUUGGUGCCAUUGUUUCACAGGUGGCCUUCUUCAAUGAUGAAGUGUCUUUCAUGAGAGAGCCUUCACGGACAUUGACCGAACUAACCAUAUCAGUGCCUAAGAACUACCAACACAUCCUGGCCUUGGCAUUUGCUGUCAAAGAGAUAAAUGAAAAUCCCAAAAUCUUAUCCAAUCUCUCUCUGGGGUUCCACAUUCUCAACAGCUACUACACAGCAAGAAUGAUUUAUAAGGCUACCUUGAGCCUCUUUUCAACACGGCAUAGGUUUGUCCCCAAUUUCAAGUGCCACAACCAGAACAAUCUGAUAGCUCUCAUUGGAGGAUGUAUCUCUGAAAUCUCUGCCAAUGUGGCCAUCCUUUCAGCAAAUUACAAGGCUCCACAGCUCACAUAUGGAUCAUUUCUGCCAUCAUAUCCUGCCAAACUCCAUGCCCCCUUUUUGUAUCAGAUGGUCCCAAAUGAAACCCAACAGUACAGAGGAGUUGUAAGGUUACUUCAGCAUUUCAGAUGGACAUGGAUUGGACUCUUUGCUGUGGAUGAUGACAAAGGAGACAGUUUUUUACAAAUAAUGGUGCCAAUGCUUUCCCAGAAUGGAAUCUGCUAUUCCUUCAUAUACAGAUUACCAAACUGGUCUUAUAAUGACAACAUACCAGAUGUAUAUUUUAAUCAGGGGAAAAUCUAUAACAACUUUACUGCAGGAAAAGCCAAUGUAUUUUUUGUAUAUGGUGAAACCCCGUCCUUUGGUUCUUUGAGAGUACUACUGUUUACAACAACUUUCUUGGUAUCACCUCCACUGGGCAAAAUGUGGAUUGUUACCUCCCACUGGGAUUUUCAAUCAUCUAUUAUUCAAAAGGACUGGGACAUAGAAACCUUUCAUGGUUCCAUAUCUUUUACUGUUCACUCCAAUCAGCCCAAAGGAUUCCAAGAAUUUGCUCAGUCAGUUGGACCUUCUUGGAGCAGGCGAGAUGGUUUUAUCUUGGGCUUUUGGGAACAAGCAUUCAGUUGUUCUCUAAAUCCUUCUAAGGGGAAGGAGGAGGAGAAACCCUGUACUGGGGAGGAAAAUCUUGCGAUCCUUCCUGGACCUUUGUUUGAAAUCUCCAUGACAGGGCACAGUUACAGUGUCUACAAUGCUGUCUAUGCUGUGGCACAUGCAUUGCAUGCUAGAUACAAAUCCAUUUUGAAGCACAGAAGGUUGGCACAUGGAUGGAAAUGGGCUUUUCAACCAUGGGUGGUCCAUCACUUUCUAAGUAGCAUCUCAUUCAAUAACAGUGUUGGAGAGACAGUGCAUUUCAACAAAAAUAGAGAAUUAGUCACCGGAUUUGAUGUUACAAACUGGCUGAUGUUGUCCAAUGGCUCAGUGGUUAGAGUCAAAGUUGGAAGACUGGAUCCUCAAGCUCCCCUAGGCCAAGAAUUAACCAUUAAUGAUGACCAAAUUGUGUGGCACAAAAUCUUUAAUCGGGUGCUGCCCCGUUCUAUGUGCAAUGACAACUGCUAUCCUGGCUAUAGAAAGAAAAAGAAGGAGGGAGAGAAAUUUUGCUGUUACGAUUGUGUUUUGUGUCCACAAGGGAUGAUCUCUCAGCAGAUAGAUAUGGAUUCCUGUGUUCAGUGUCCCAAGGAACAAUAUCCAAAUAAGGAACAAACUCAGUGUGUUCCUAAAAUUCUAAGCUAUCUUGCUUACACAGACUCUUUAGGGAUUAUUUUAUCUACCUUGGUUGUUUUUUUCUCUUUGAUCACAGUUAUAGUCCUUGGAAUGUUUGUGAAGCACAAAGAUACUCCUAUCGUCAAAGCCAACAACCAGAGUGUCACUUACAUCCUUCUCAUUUCACUUCUUCUCUGUUUCCUUUGCUCCUUCCUCUUCAUUGGGAAGCCAGGAAAGGUGACCUGCCUUUUCCGACAAAUGUUUUUUGGCAUCAUCUUCUCUGUGGCACUUUCCAGUAUCUUGGGGAAAACCAUCACAGUAGUUUCGGCAUUCCUGGCUACCAAACCAGGAUCCAGGAUGGGGAAAUGGAUGGGGAAACAACUGGCAAGCUCUAUCAUCCUUUCUGGCUCCUUUGUUCAAGCAGGCAUCUGUAUAGCUUGGCUGAUUAUUUCUCCUCCUUUUCCAGAUGUGGACAUGCAUUCACUGGAUGAGGAAAUCAUACUGAAAUGCAAUGAGGGUUCAACUGCCUUGUUUUACUGUGUCUUGGGUUAUCUGGGUUUCCUGGCCACUGUCAGCUUCCUUGUGGCUUUUCCAGCUAGGAAGUUACCUGACAUUUUUAAUGAAGCUAAAUUCAUCACUUUCAGCAUGUUGGUCUUUUGCAGUGUUUGGGUGUCAUUUGUUCCAACCUACCUGAGCACCAAGGGGAAAUACAUGGUGGCUGUGGAGAUAUUCUCCAUCUUGGCUUCCACUGCUGGGUUACUGGUUUGCAUCUUUUUGCCUAAAUGCUACAUCAUUGCUCUGAGGCCAGAGCUGAACAACAAGGAGCAGCUAAUGAGAAGGAAAUACUGA